AUGGCUGCAUCUCAGGCGGCGAAUCUUGUUGAGAAGGCGGUUGGGCAUAGCGAUAAUGCGACCGUCACCACCGACGUGAGCAGUUACAACAAGAAAGAGUAUGGUGUUGAAACGGGCCCGCCCAUCCAAGCCACAACCUGGCAGGGCAAGAACAGUAUUGCUGUCGGUGUGAUACCUCAGUUGGAGAAGGGAGACGUCCUGGGACAUGAAUGUUGUGGCAUUGUUGAGACGACGGGCCCAACUGUGUCCAAGGUUCGUCCGGGUCAACGUGUCGUUGUCUCUUUCCCAAUCGCCUGCGGGAGUUGCACGAAUUGCAACAGGAAGCUCUUCUCCCAGUGCGAGAGAACCAACGAGAAUACCAUCACCAAUGCCUUGUAUGGCAAGCGAACAGCUGGCAUUUUUGGAUACUCGCAUUUCACCGGAGGAUUCGCUGGUGGUCAAGCCGAGUACAUCCGUGUACCCUACGGCGAUGUGAACCUCCUCCCCAUCCCGGAUGAUGUGCCUGACGAGAAGGCACUGUUCCUAUCGGAUGUCCUGGGUACAUCCUGGCACUGUGUGGUCGACACGGGGGUCAGUCCAGGCGACGUGGUAGCCAUCUGGGGGGCCGGCCCAAUCGGCCAAAUGUGUGCUCAGUUCAGUUUCUACCACGGCGCGCAACGCGUGAUCCUCAUCGACGGCGGAAACGCUGCAUGGCGAUUGGACUAUGUCAAGUCCAAGGCCCCCAAGGUGGAAACGAUCGAUUACUCUCGUCUUAGCAAUGGCGAAUCUGUGACGUCCCGGCUGAAGGAACUGGUGCCCGGGGGGCCUGAUGUCGCUCUGGAAUGUGCAGCUGGCGAGUAUGCCAAGGGAUGGAUCCACUACUUCGAACAGCUGCUUGGCAUGGAGACCGACACUUCCGAGAUUCUGAAUGAGAUGAUCACCUCCGUCCGUCCGUUUGGACGCGUCGGGGUGACUGGAGUCUAUGCAGCAUACACGAAUCACUUCAACAUUGGCGCACUCAUGCAGACAGGGGUCCGAUUGAUCGGCAAUGGACAAGCCCCCGUGCAGAAAUAUUGGGCCGAGUUGAUGGAGCUCAUUCGCAAAGGGGAGAUCAACCCUCUGGAUAUGGUGACCCACCGAUUGCGCCUCGAGGACAUGGACAAGGUGUAUGCCUUGUUCGAUCGCCGGGACGAGGGAGUCCAGAAAGUGUUUGUCCAGACACAGUACUCGGCGCCUCCGUGUGUAGGCGCGCCUGCACUGACGGAAUUGUAG